UCAUCCCUAUAAAAGCCAACCCCCCUUCAUUUUCCUCUAGUUGCUUCUCAGUUUCAACCUCAUCGUCGUCGUACACACGUUCUGGUUCUUCGCGGAUCGUGUAGCGUUUAGUUUCCACAAAAGAUGGCAGACAAUGAAGAUGGAGGGGACAAGACUUCUCGUGGGAAUGAAUGGGAGGUUGUAUCUCUCACGGCAUCGACAUAUGCAGCUGCUCCUGGUCCUGAUGAUGUUGAGAUGAAGGAUGAGGGGAGAGAAAGUUCAUUUGUACCGGAUGAAGCAGAAACGUCACGUGCUUUAUUCAUGUCUGGUCACUUUGUCUUUCCACCCAGUCAGCAUGAAAACUUGCCUGUGGAACCCGAUUAUAGUGAGAUUCAUGAUGAUUCUGGAGACAAAGAUGUUACCUCUGAUGAGACUGUUGGAGAAGUGAUAAGACCAAGUGGAAAAGAUGAAGAAAACUUGACAUUACCAGGAUUGGAGGUUUCAGAAGAGUUUGAGGGAAUGCGUUAUUUUGAUCAGAAAAUCAAUAGAUUAUCUGUUCGUGGUAAAGAGUUUGAGGAAGGUACAACUCUUCCAGAUUUUGGUUUGACUGAAAAGGGGGAGAUUAUGUAUGACCCUGCAAAAUACACUUCUUUCCAAGGUGAAACAACAAUUGGUGGUGUAACAGCAUAUGGUGAAAGCAUAGUUGAGCCUGAAACAACUGAAUCCGAAGGUUCAAACGUGUCUCCUGAUUUAUCACUGUCAAAGAACUCUUCCAAAGAUGAUGAAUACAACACUUCAGAUCUUCCCUGUGGAGCUUGGUGGAAGCGAAGAGCUGCCUCCUUAUAUGCUCAUGCCAAAGAGACAAACGCAUUCUGGUCUGUUUUCGUUGCUGCUGCUGUGAUGGGUCUAGUAAUGCUCGGCCAACAUUGGCAGCAGGAAAGAGCUUUACAACUUAAAUGGCAAAUCAGUAUAAAUGAUGAGGUGAGGAGCAGGGUGCUUGCUCCCAUUAUUCGAUUCAAAGAUGUGAUUGUUGGUGGCCACCGUCGUGGCUCCUUGGUCAGGGGAAGCUCCUCUAGUGAAAGUUAAAGUACUUGAGGAAAAGGUGGCUAAGUGCACGGGCAUCCUAUCCCUGUGGUAAGUGAAGAUGAUGACGAAAAAUGGUAUGUCAGAGAGAGGUUGAGAAUGAAAAGUGCUACAUUUGUGAAAUCCAGGUUCGGUAGCAGGAUUGGUUGACCUUUCCCAGUUAUGAAUGUCAUUGACCAAACAUUAUAUGCUGUGGAUUUUCUUCAUCUUUAUAUUGACUAUAGCAUUGUAUAGCUAUUGAAGUUAUUCAACUUGGUAAGUUAUGUAUUUUGAUAAUGUGAAAUUGGCAGUUUAAACACGAAAGAUGUAAAUGAAGUGAUUGCUUGAAUGGUGAGUAUUUAGUUUUUCUUUGA